UCCGAGUAUGAUAUCCAGAUCGCAGAACUAUCAAAUAUUUUAUUCACCGUGUACUUUGUCUUCAUCCUUUAAACAUGUCGGAAGUAGCUCCCCCAGCUAAGUUUAAUGCCGAAGAGGCGGAUAACUUUGAAGAUAUCGAGAAGCAAUUCGCCGUCAAAGCCGUCCAGCAGAUGCUCACCUAUUGGGCGAUCCUUCAAAAGAUGCGUGGUUCCCGUUUACGGUUGACCAAGUACGACGACGAGAUCUACGAGCACUUCAAGAAGGAAUUCCCGGACUUCGACCCGAAAGCCACCAUCAAUGAAGACGAGAUGAAGAGCAAGGCCGGCAAGGAGAGAUGGCGGAAUUUCGUCAAUCAGUACGCGGAGAAGAUCGAGGAUUUCAAUUAUGGGACGAUGCUCCGUGCCAAUCCCAAGGACGAGUACGGCGAAAAGGAGACUAUCUUCGCCGUACGGAUGCAGUUUUAUGCGAUCGAGAUCGUGAGGAAUAGGGAAGGCUUGAACGAUUGGAUUUACGAGAAAGAGCAUCCAGAGGAAGCAAAAUAAGCCAGUCGUCCACUGGCAUGUAAUGGUUUUGUUUCCCAGACCAUCGACCAAGGGGGGAGAAAUCAACAGCUGUCGACCAUCAUGCAUCUUCAAAGAGCAAGAGAUUGAAGCAGGUAGCUGAGACAGGAUGGUACAAAAUCUGUACAUAUCUCAGUGUGUUGUAUUAACAGAGCUCGACAUUAGUUCGGUCUACGGAUCCACCAGGUUAGAAGGAGAUCUGUUUCGCUGAAUUGUCAUGCUAAAUCCUGGGACGUGGAACAUUGCUCUAAUACUCGAUGUCCAUGAAAUGUUACAUAUCGAGUCAAAUUGCAAUCAGAUAACCCUAAAUCCGU